GCAACCUCAGAUCUCAAACUCGACAGCCACCCCACUCCGCAGCCAUUCGUCGCAAUCAAGAGAGGUAGCUACGGGAUCGCAGAUACAUAAUCAACGACAAUGACGAGCACAAUCGGUAUUCCAAUCAAGCUGCUGAACGAGGCGCAGGGACAUGUCGUUACUUUAGAGAUCACGUCGGGCCAGGUCUACCGUGGCAAGCUCCUUGAAGCGGAGGACAACAUGAAUGUGCAACUGAAGGAUAUUACGGUUACUGCGCGCGACGGCCGUGUCAGUCAUCUGGAUCAGGUCUACAUCCGCGGAUCACAUGUGCGCUUCUUCAUUGUGCCAGACAUGCUUAGAAAUGCUCCUAUGUUCAGAAGUAGAGGCGUGAAGGGCAGAGGUGUCGGACUGGCUCGAGGAAGAGCCACGGUCAGCAGGGCAAGAGCAAGUGGACGUGGAGCACCGAGAGCAGGUUGAAGAAUGGGUCAUGAAUUGGGGGUAUAAAUGAAGGCUUGGGUCAAUUUGAUACGGCGUUUAGAGGAAAAGCCAGGCACGUUUGCUUGGUCCAUUGGCUACACACCAUGAGCAGUCGUAUGCCACAAUAUCAAUGCAAAAUCUUUUACAAGA